UUUUCACUUUUCAUCCAGUUGUGUGUGUCGUCGGGUGCGGGAGAUUUUUGUCAGUGAAAAAAGAAAUAAAUAAUAAGUAGAAAGCAAAUUAAAUAUUAUAAGUAGCUAAAAUGGGCGGCCACAAUGAUAACUCGAAUCAAAACGGCAAUUCCAAUGGACAGCACGAUGAUGACUCAAUUACUGAGCCAGAGCAUAUGCGUAAACUGUUUAUUGGCGGUCUGGACUACCGCACUUCAGAUGAGAAUCUAAAGGCUCAUUUCGAGAAAUGGGGCCAAAUUGUCGAUGUGGUAGUUAUGAAGGAUCCACGCACAAAGCGGUCGCGUGGUUUUGGCUUCAUCACCUACUCCCACUCGAGCAUGAUCGAUGAGGCCCAGAAGGCUCGUCCCCACAAGAUCGAUGGCCGCGUGGUUGAGCCCAAGCGUGCUGUGCCCCGCCAGGACAUCGAUUCACCUAAUGCCGGAGCCACAGUGAAGAAGCUAUUCGUAGGCGCCCUCAAGGACGAUCAUGAUGAGCAGAGUUUGCGGGAUUAUUUCUCCAAUUUUGGCUCCAUUGUCGACAUUAAUAUUGUCAUGGAUAAAGAGACGGGCAAGAAACGUGGUUUUGCCUUUGUUGAGUUCGAUGAUUACGAUCCCGUGGACAAAGUUGUCUUGCAAAAGCAACAUCAGCUGAAUGGCAAAAUGGUUGAUGUAAAGAAAGCCCUACCCAAGCAGAAUGAUAUGGGAGGCGGCGGUGGUGGUGGAGGCCGUGGUCCUGGUGGCCGUGCCGGUGGCGGCAAUCGUGGCAACAACAUGGGUGGUGGCGGCGGCGGUGGAGGCUACGGCAACCAGAAUGGCGGAGGCAACUGGAAUGGCGGCGGCAAUUGGGGUAACAAUCGCGGGGGCAAUGAUAAUUGGGGCAACAAUAGUUAUGGAGGCGGCGGCGGCGGCGGUGGGGGUUACGGAAGUGGUGGUGGUGGCGGCGGCGGCAACAAUUGCUGGGGCAACAACAUGGGUCCCUGGGAUAACGGAAGCGGCGGCAGUGGUAACUUUGGUGGCGGCGGCGGCGGUGGCAACUCCAACUGGGGCGGCAAUAAUGGUGGCAAUGAUUUCGGUGGCUACCAGCAGAGCUACAGCGGUGGACCCCAGCGUGGCGGUAACUUUAACAACAAUCGCAUGCAGCCCUACCAAGGUGGCGGCAAUUUCGGCAACAAAGGAGGUGGUAAAUUAGAAGUCGCUCAGUAUAAGCCCGAAUAUCAAAGUCAAGUAAACGAUACGAGUGUGAACAAAUAUAGUUCAUACGCCUAAGAAGUUUUCCGAGCUCUUCUUCACACAAACACUUACCCUAAAAAGAGCAAGCAAUCAGGAGCAGAAGAGAUGAGAUGAGAAGAGGUUAUCAGGAUCAGUGCAGUCUUCUUUGGUGUUCAGACACAUUAUGUGACAGAGUUACUUCAGAGAACCAGAGAGAGAAAAAGAGAUUGUGAGUGAACAGAGAGACAGAGAAGUAAAGCUUUAAAUUGAGAGACAGAGUACAUAGCAGGAGACAGAUAAAGAGAGAGAGUGCAGUAUGUUGUGUGUGCGAGUGUGUGUAUUGUGUGUGUGUGUAUAUCGCGAAUCAGAGAGCAUAAAGAUCAAGCAAUUCAGCAGCAAUCCUUGCACACAAUGCACAUGAACAGCAGCCAGCCAAAAACACACAAAUACGCAACACACACUCAGCCUAAUCACAGGAUUCCCUCUAUACAUAUAUAUAAAUUUAUAUAUCGUAUAUAUGUCUCUUCUUUAAAAUGCUUAACUAUUCAUUGAUCGAUUGAUUGCCACAGCUGUGCGAGCCUCUUCAAUAACUAUUCUCUAAAUACAAACAUUAUUAAAUUUUAAACAUUGUAAAUUAGCCAUUAACAACAAAUAUGAAAAGAAAAAUGAGCAAACUUUGUAAAAUCCUCCCUCAACACCAAAAAACCAGCCAAUCAACCACCACCCACACUCUGAUUUUUUUUUAUUAACGUUGGCUAUAACCAUCCAGAGUAAACCUUUUUUGAAACAAUCUUCUAAAAGAGACACGAUCAAUUUUUGUAGUCUACAAUUUUGCCUUUGAUAAUCAGUGCAAAAAAAAAAUAAGAAAGAAAUACGAAAAUUAAUUAUGGAAAAAAGAAGUCACUCAUGCAAAAACAAAUCUAUUCUAUAUAAACAGUAACAACAACAAUAUGUAUUACAUUUUAUGACUUUCACUAGGCUUAAGUUCUCAUUAGUCUUUAAACGAAAAGAAAAACGAGUGUGUAGAGUGUGUGCGUACAGCCGUCGCGAGCUGUCUUAGUCUUAAUUAACUCCUCUACAUAUAUAUAUAUAUAUAAUUACAAAUCUAACAUCUAUAUUAGCGUAUUAUUCAACAAAAGUUCUAAAAGUAGUCACUGACGACGGCGACGAAAAAAUUUAUACAAAUCUAUUUAAAAUCCAAAUGUUUAGUUUUAAUCGAUUCUUUAUAACAAGAACAACAAUAACCAAUAUUGUAUGUAAUUAUUCAUCACUACUAUAUAUCUUUUAGCCACAAUCAGUUUUUGUGUUGUGUGUUUGUCCCACAGUUAGUGGUCAGCGCCAAUUGCAUAUAUAUUUAUAUAAUCCGAUGAAAUUAUACAUUUUACGAAUGUAGCCAGAUGUAAAGAUUCAAGAUAUAUACAACAAAGAAACGAAAAAUACAUAAAAAAGUAAAAGCA